AUGGACGACGCGAUCCCCGUCUCCACGCGCCUCCGCCGCACGACGCCCUACCACGACGCCUACACGGUCCGCGUCUACAACGAGCGGCUCGCCGCACUGGCGACGGCGCGGCUCGCCGACGCGCGGCGCUGGGUCGCCACCACGCGCUGGCUUCACGGGAGCCUCCUCUACCGGGGCCGCCUCAUCGUCGGCCUCGGCGUGCAGUGGACCCCGACCCGCGCCCCGCUCCGCGGCGACACCCCCGUCCCCGCCACGCUCCAGCUCUGCGUCGGCCACCGCUGCCUCGUGUUCCACCUCGCCCGCGCCGGCCCCGUCCCGGAGGCGCUGCGCCGGUUCCUCGCCGACCCCAGGGUCACCUUCGUCGGCUCGGGCUCCGCGCACGACGGCCGCAUGCUGUGGGAGCACUACGGCCUCGACGUGGCGCGCGGGCAGGAUCUCCGCGCCGUCGCCGGCAUGGGGAACGCCUCCGUCGAGCAGAUGGCGGACCGGUUCCUCGGGUACCCCGGGAUCUGCAAGCCCAGGGACGUCGCCAUGAGCGCCUGGCACGCGCCGCGCCUCUCGCUCGACCAGGUCCAGUACGCCUCCGUCGACGCCUACCUAGCCUUCCGCCUCGGCUUCGUCCUCCUCUGCCCCGGCGGCGCCGCGCCUCCACCACCUCCCGCCCCCGCCCGGGCCCAGCAGCGCGCUCCCGUCCAACGCGUCCCCGCCGUCGUCAACCCUGCGACUCGUGCUCCCGUGGUCGUCCACGCUGCGCCUCCCGUCCAGCGCGCUCCCGCCGUCGUCCGCCAGGCACCUGCUGCCGUGGUCGUCCAGCCGGCGCCUCUGGUCGUCGUCCGUGCGGUGCCUGCAGAGUUCUUUGGAGUGCCAGUGCCAGCAAUAUUGGGUGGCGACGCGGCCAUCACCGGCGGCAAGGUCAUGGGCACCCACGCCGGCCUGACUGAUGAUUCUGACACGGAGAGCGAGGUGGACUCCUACGACGACGUGUACCGCGCUGCUACCCGUGGUCUGCCCGUCCGAGCUUAUGCUUCAGAUUCCGACUACAGCCUCGACUCCUCGGAUGGGUUCGAGGACGUCAGGUUCGGAGCCUUCACCGAUGAGGAAGAUGAGGACGAUGGCAGCUACGCCGGGACUGGAUCUCUGGCUGCUGACAACAUAGACGGCAAUGGGGAUGACGAUGAGGAGGAUGAGGAAGGCUGCGAUGAAGACGAUCAAGAUGAUGAUGAUGAGGAAGCCUGCAAUGAAGGCGAUCAAGCUGAUGAGGAAGGCUGCAACGAGGACGAUCUGGAGGAUGAGAGGCUACGCUGA